UGCCUGCCAAUCAGCACAUGUGCUACUCAGUCCAGGGAGAGCACCAGGUGGAAGUAAUGAGAGAUGUACUGAGAAAAAAGUGGGUACUGGAAGAGCCAGAGAGUUGCAAGUCCCCAUUCCCCUGUUUUGGAGUAGUGCGAGAGGUGGUGGAGGUGGAGAAGGUGUCAGUGACUGUGAGUGUCUGUCAAUUGCAGCCCAUCUGGAGACAGCCCAGACCUAUCAGAGAGACAUAUAAU